AAGCAUAUAGAGUGCUGUAUUUGACCGUUGAGAAAAUUUUCGAAACUCAACGGUUCUACGCUCCAUUGCGCUCUCUCUCUUUCAAACUCUAAAAGUUUCUUCAAUCUGCAAUGGCGAAGUCCAAAAAACCAAAAAAUUCUUCCGAUAGAGAAAAAUGGAACAAAGUGUUCAAUGCUUUAGUUCACAUGUUGACAUCACAGCAGACGCAGCUUGAAUCCCUUGCAAAAGAGAGAAUGAUUCUUGAAGAUCGGAUAAAAUUACAGAAUGAUCGAUGGGUAUCUGAUAUUCAUAGAUUUCAAGAACAAAUUUAUGAGAUGAGGAAAAACUUUACAAUUCAAGAGAUGGAGCGCAUGCUUGAGGUUGCGAAAUCGGAGUUUGUUGUUGGUUUGAAGCAACGAGAUGUUGCCGUGUUCCAAAGAAAGCUCGAAAAUGCAGAUGGUGAACUGGCUGACUUCAGAGAAUGGUUUGACUACCUCUCUCAGAGAUGCUCUGAGCCAAAUGAUGUACCAAAUGCUGCAACAAAUGAAAAGUCGGAGACAAGAAAGAAGGCUUGGGAAGAUGAGGUGAGGAGGCUUAAAACAGAAAAUGAGAAGCUUACUUCAGAGAAAAAUUCUGAGAUUUCUGCCCUCUUGGCAGAAAAGAAUUUUAUUUGGAACCAGUUCAACAAACUGGAGCACGACAUGACUGAGCAAUUGAGGAGAAAAUGUACUGAGCUAGAGCAUGCAAAUGGUAAAAUACAGGCAUUUACGAGGAACAUUGAGGAACUACAAUUGUCCAACGCUGAUAAGGAUAAUACAAUUGCAAUGUUAAGAAGUCAAUUGGAUAAUACAACUGCAACGUUGAGAAGUCAAAUGGCCAAAUUGGAAUCUGACUCCGUCACUAAGAGUGGAGAGAUAUCCAAACUUUCCACUGAACUAGUGUUGCUAAAGAAGUGCAGAAGUGCCUCCGUCACUCCUGUGCUGCGUCGCUCCACAACUGGAUCAGGACCUUCAAAAUCGGGAGGCACGUCCCGUGGAACAGAUCAGAGGAAUAUAACUGUUAAAGUGGAAAAGCAAUCUUCACAAGCCCUUGAAAAGGGACAGAGAAGUUCAAAACGAAAAGCUGGUAAUAGUAUCUUGAGUGCUCCAAAUCUAUUCACGUCCUCAUUUAAGGUACCUAAAUUAAAAAUGUCAUCUCCCUGUGUGACAUGACCUCUGUCACCAGAAAUUCGGCUUGUAUCUAUAUUAGAUGAUAGAUUUUCGGUACAUAUGUUCAUUUAUUGGAUCUUGGUUCUUCAAGCUAUGUGACAGUAAAUUUCAGUCGGUACUAGAUGUUGAUGUUGUAUACUAGAGAGAUAGUUGCAACUGAUUAGUUGCAACAUUUUAUUGAACUUGGAGACCUGACUAUUCAAGUAAAUGAGGAUCAGUUAUUUGAUUUCUGCA